CCCCCACACUUAAGUUCGACAUUUCCCUCAAUGGAGCAGAGGGAAGGAUAAGGGGAACGAUGUUGUCGGAAGAAAAGACUGCCGGGGGACUGGAAGUGGACCAGUCAGCGGGGGACAGACGGAACGACGGAACAAUUCUGCACAAAGGGAACAUGAAGAACACACUAGCACACUGUGCGUUAGGGAUCAGAGUUAGCCCAGAUGGCCACAAAACGGAGAAUCCAAAAAAGAAAGAAAAAAGAAAAACACACAAAAGACUCAGUUCAAGAUCCUCACACACAUGGAGCAAACAAGAAAAAUCCAAAACAAAAACACGCUCGAAGAGGCGACGAGUACAGACUACUCGUCUCCAAGGUUAUCAAGGUCAAUGUCGUCCAUGAAAGCAUCAUCAUUGGCUAGCGGGGGUGGAAGUGGGGAGUCCUCCAAACUGGCUGCUCGCCCGGUAUCAGCUGGAGCAGUUGCUGCUGAACCUCCUGCAUACGACGAGCCCAAGCACGAUCCCUCUCGAUGUGAGCAAGGGUCACCCCCUGCUGGGCCUUCAUGCGGUCAAGUCACUCAUCAUAUGCAGCCAUCCUGGUGUUAUACUCGGUCUGGUGAGCCGAGUACUGCUGCUGGAACUGGAGCUGAUGCUCAAGGAGCUACUGAUUUUGGAGAUUCAGCUGCUGGAACUGGUGAGUGAAGUUGUCCUGGGAUGGAAAUGUGGAG